ACACAUAUGCAUGUACACAAUAAACUUCAGCGAUUGAAUUGAUAAUCCAUGAGAGCAUUUCCGAACACCCCGGUUUAUGAUAGCCGUCUUUUCAAUACAAAAAGCAUCAUUUCGAUCUUAUUCGAGCUUGGGAUGAGUAUUACUAUUUGAGUGUCGUGAGUACUUGAAUCUACAUAAAGACCUCAACACUCUUACAAAUUCGGUCACGAUUAUAACCGGAAAGUAAACUGUGUAGAAAAUAUCGAGUUAAACAGUACUUCAUAAACUACGCUUUACAGGUAAAUUGGAAAAAAUGCGCAAGACGGAAGUAUUCAUAAGUUUCCAAAAAAAUCACUUAAAUUGAAUACUGGCAGUUGUGAUAAGUCUCUAGGAAAACAAUGGCCUUAACAGUACGCAAUAUUGUGAAGAGGUACGAAUCUUGUGGCGAACUCGUGCUGAAUAAUCUCAAUUUGAAUGUUGCCGUAGGAGAAAUUUAUGGUCUCCUUGGGGCGAGUGGAUGCGGAAAGACGACCCUGCUCUCUUGCAUAGUUGGUUUGAGAGAAGUGGACGCUGGAGAAAUAAUCGUAUUUGGAAAACUGAAAAAGAAGCAAGGAAGUCUGGCCAAUUUGUGUGGGUGGAUGCCUCAGGAAAUUGCACUCUUAGGGAUUUUGACGAUUCGAGAAGUCUUUGAAUAUUUUGGCUCUAUUUAUGCCAUGAAACCUACCCACGUACAAGAACGAAUUGAAUUUUUAUCGUCCUUUCUUAAUUUACCUAGCAUAAAUUCCGGGGUGCGGAACUUAAGCGGUGGCCAAAUGCGGAGGGUGUCACUCGCCGUGGCAAUGAUACAUGAUCCACCAGUCCUUAUCCUGGACGAGCCUACCGUAGGCCUGGAUCCACUCUUGAGGCAAAAAAUUUGGGAGUAUCUAACUCAAAUAUCCCGUCAACAUGCCAAAACCAUAAUAAUAUCUACCCAUUACAUUGAAGAGACGUCACGAUGUGACAAGCUUGGGUUAAUGCGUCGAGGGAAACUUUUGGUGGAGGACAUCCCACAAAAUAUUUUGUCCCAAUGUAACUCCACCAGUUUGGAGGAAGCGUGCAGUAAAUUGUGCCACAUGGAUGAAUGUGCACUGAACGCGACGAAGUGGGAAGAAUUUCGAUCAAGCAGAACAUUUCAACACGCCACGCUACGAAACAACGAUUCCAUACCGCCCUUAGAGGUCAAAAUUGAUAAUUAUCGUGCAAUUUUGGGAGUCAUAGUAAAAACUUGGCAUAGACGUCGCCGCGAUUUCAGAUUUUUGUUCGCGCAAGUAAUAAUACCAAUAAUUUUGAUUGUAUCAUUUGAAACUAUCGUCGGUCCCACGCCGAAAGGAACAAGGAUUGGACUCAUCUCAAACGGAAAUGGCAAUACUAGCACUGCAUUGUGCACCGUGAACACAUCCCUUUCCAACAAUUGUCUGGAAAAUACUGGAAUUUGCGACUUCCUUAAACUGUUCGAUGAUAACGAGUUUGACUGGGUGGCUACGGAUUCCCAUGAAGAUGCGAUGCGAAAUGUGCAAUUAGGAAAUACGCUAGGAUUUUUGGAAUUUUCACAUAAUUUUGCAGAUCACAUGAGACUCCGAAUAUUACACAGGAUUUUCUCAGAUAACGAAACAAUACUUGGUUCAAAUAUAUCUGUCAAGAUGGAUGCGUCAAAUUCCAUCAGAACUACACAGAUAUAUGAAAUGCUCAUACAGAAGUACUACGAGUUCAUAGAGAAUGCAGUAGUUGCAUGUGACAUUGAUAAGAGUAGGGUUCGUCUACCUCUUAAGUUUGGCGCGAUAUAUGGGAGAAUUGACAGCGAGUUCAUUUCAUUCAUUGAGCCGGGUGUAAUGAUUAUCUUCAUAUUUAUCCUGCAAGCACUCACGCACUCACGCACUCACGCAAGCGGCGUUCUAUGGACGUUAGAUCGAAGUGAAGGUUUAGAAGAUAGAGAUUACGCGGCUGGGGUCACCCUAAUGCACAAAAUUGUGGGAAAUGCGUUCACUAACUCGAUCCAGGGAUUGAUGCAAAUUGGAAUUUUUCUUUCACUAUUUUGUGGUGUGUAUGGCAUGGAGAUUUCCGGCUCUAUGGCUACCGUGAUUCUCUUUGCUUAUGUGUCUUCAAUGUCAGGAACUGCGUAUGGUUGGAUGAUUGCGACGUAUUGGGACGGUAUUAUAGAGACGAUUAUGAUAAUCAAGUGUUCAGCGAUUAUCCAAUCAUUUUCUUCUGGAAUGGCUUGGCCUACGGAAACAAUACCUUGGACAUAUCGUCAACUUUGUAAUUAUCUGCUCCCAACGACCUUUCAAGUCGAUGCGUUCAGAUCAAUUUGUUUGAAAGGGUGGAGCGUUACGCACCCCAACGUCGUGCGGGGAUUUAUUACAGCCAUGUGCUGGAUAGUGUUAUCUAUAAUUAUUUGUUUUCGUGCGGAUAGGCGGAAACAUAAAUAAGUAAUUUCACAAUACUUCAACAUUCCCGAGGAAAUUUAAUUUGGAAUAUAUAAUUUUACAAGGUAUACAUACAUAUGUAAAUGGGGAUAAUCGAUGUACAUAAAUAAUAAAUUUUGUCCCUGUUGUGUUGCUUAACAGUUCGUACUUGAAUUAGCCUAAAGCUAUCAAUAUGUGUACUUACAUAGUAAAUUACUAUAUGCAAUUAAUUAAUCCUAAGUUAAGAAAGUACUAUAUAAAUACAUACAUACAUACAUAUGUAUGUCGACUAAGAAUCAAAAAUCGUUCGCAUGAGUGAUGUAACAUUAUGUUUCCCUUAGUAUUAAUUGUCUCAAUUGAGAAUAUUUUUAAUAUUUUGUUGUUGUAUGAUGAUUACAAAUAUUAAUUAACAACACGCAACAUAACAGUGGUUAAAGACAGUAACCAGUUACUGCACACAUAUGUAAAUAAAUAUAUCUAUAUACACAUUUAAA